AUGGCGGCGACUUCAUUGUCAGUUGAGAAGACCACCACUGGUAGACUCGAAAUCGAGCUUUCUGAAGUCGAAAUGCCUAGACUUAUGUCUUGUCGUACUGAAUUUGGUCCUUCUCAACCUUUUAAAGGUGCUAAGAUGACUGGAUCUCUUCAUAUGACUAUUCAAACUACUGUUCUUAUUGAGACUCAUAUGGCUCUUGUUGUUGAAGUUCGUUGGCGUUCUUGCUACUUCUUCUCUACCCAGAUCUUAAAUGGGGUUUUCUUGUUUGAGGAUGAUGUAUGGAUUGAGAUAGCCAAGUACCUAGAUGGAAGGUCUCUGGUGAUGCUUGCCACUACCUGCAAAUGGUUCUACAAUACUCUAUUAGCAAAAUGCGUGUGGAAAUAUGCCAAUUUACGUGAUCUAGCAGUUUCUGGUCAAGGAAAUGUCUCUUUUAGCUGGAAAAAACUAUAUGGUUAG